UCUAACUCAUGAAUCUAAUCUGUUCUUGUACUUCUUCAGACUUGCCACAUCGCUAUGGAUCUUGAAGAUGCUUGUUGACUUCCCUCUCCCACACCUCCUCCCCUUGUCAUGGAGUUUGACCCAAACCACCUCCGUGACCCCUGCAAACCUGUGGACGACAACGUCGAGCCCCCCGAUCUGGAGUGCGCCAUCUGUUUCUGCCAGUUCAACAAUGUCUUCAACACCCCUAAGGUACUUCAAUGCAAGCACACCUUCUGCCUGGAGUGUCUUGCGAGGAUGAACGUGAAGUCCACCCAACCCGACACCAUCCAGUGCCCUCUGUGCCGCGCGUACACCCCGUUACCCAACUUGGGUCUUCCCACGCUAGCAAAUGACUCCACGGUGCUGUCUUACCUCCCAGCUGCCAUGCAGCAUGUCUACAGUAUCCGCUUUAACCGCAACAAAGGCAAACUGCAGGUGAAGAGAGUGCCCAGCUCUGCCCCGGCCCUGACACAGACCGUCAGCCAGACUCUGGACGUCGGGAACCCAGCGGGCUUGGAGGGUCACCAGGGCAGAGACGGGGGUAGAGAAAGGUCUUUACUGAUCACCGUACUGCAAACGCCCCUGUGCAAAGCUUUCAUCAUGAGCCUGGUGGCCAUACUAAUCGUCGUUCUCACCAUUACUAUUAUCUUCAUCAACAAGAAAUAAGCCCAAAUACUUCAGUUUUUACAUGUACGCUAGAGCAUGCGUACAGUGUGCGACAGCUUGUUUUUUUCUAAUGGUUUGUACAAUGUACACGCAGCUCGCACAUGCGCUUUGAAUUUUUUUGCACUAAUCCGUUUGUCCACAAGGUGGCGACACUGGCCCGGCUGUUUCACAGUCGGGAAAGAAACGGAACGAGAACAACAACAAACUACCACGACAAAAACAAUAUAGAC